UUCUAUGAUGGCAACACUGUUAAUAACCCAAUCCUCUGUGUAAUAACCUCUACAAGGCUACAUAAAAAAGUGCUGUUUAAUUAUAUACUCGAUAGAUUAAAUCAAUUUGUCGUAUCAUUUAUAGACAAGGGAUAGGUUGGGUGUCAUUCAGGCUUUGUUAUCUUUGAUGUCAUUAGCAUUGUAAACAUAAAAAACAUAGAUUUCGCGAACAAAGUUCGAGAAUUACACAGCUCUAAUGCGCACGUCAGUUAUUAAACAAAUAAAAAAGUGCUUAUUAAUUAUAAACAGCAUAUAUUAUCUAUGAAAAAUAAACUCAAUUAUAGUUGUGUGUCAUUAGUAUUUUGAAUAUCAAAAACAUAGAACAAUUACAACUACAACAACUCAAAGAUUCGCCAUGGCUGGAAGCAAUUUGGAAGAUCUUGAAAAAGUGAUAAUAUCAACUGGCAACAUGUUGUCUUUGAACGAUAUAACGAAAAAACCUGGACAAAACCCGACAGAAGAGUUAAUUGAAGCAAUUAAUAUAACUAUAAAGGAAUUCCAAAAUGGUUCGCCUCUAAAACCACAACCUGAUCAUUUGUUGGUUAUUACACGCCCAAAUGACGAUUUACUCAUCAAAAUGGCAGAACACGAUUCCUCAGAGCUAAAAAUCGGCCUUAAAAUAUUUGUCACAAACAACAACCAACAACUUGUCAUACAGGCCAUAGAAAAAGCAUUUAUAACCCUUAAUGUAGGAUGUGUCGAUGAUGUCAUUGUAGCUUUUAAAGUUAAAGAUAACCUUGACUUAAUCAAAAGUAUUUGGUCCAUCCUUGAAAACUACAUCAAGAGUGAGAAAAUUAAACAAAUUGGUUUAGCUGAUGUUGAAGAGACAACAUUUAGGACCAUCUAUGAGUGGGCUACAGUUAAACCAAGCAUUAUACAAAUAAAUCUGGCUACUUGUUGUGUUGUCCCGCCCACUUUACAGGCAUUUUGUAAGGAAAAUGAGGUAAAGUUGCUUACUCACAGUGACCCUAGUGAUAUUCUUCCUGUGGGGUUGAUACAGAACAUAUUUGGAAAACCUUUGGUUCUACAAUGGGCUACAAGAUUUUUAGCCCAUAUUAAAUGUAGAGGGGUUUUAGCAACCAAGGGGUACCUAUUAAGUUUGGAUAGAGAUUAAUUAUUAAAGUUUUAAAUAAAUUAACAGUAUUUUAUAUAAUGCAUGUCAUUGUAUAUUGUCAGUGUAUUGUCAAAUGUCAAAGUGACUUAACCUAUUUUAGUGACAAUUCCAAAAAAGUAGGUUGCAUGUCUUAACCUAAAUUUUUUUUGUGACAUUGCUUAAAUAAUUAUAAUGUUAACAUUCAUACUUUUGUAAUACAUUUGUUGUUAUUUUGUAAAUUUUAUAUGUAAUUGUUACUUUAAACGAUAAAUAAAUAAAU